AUGGAGUUUGAUAUGUCAUUAAGUCCUAGAGUUAUGUGUGUAGCGCCAUCCAAAACCGGGGCGAUAGCAGAACAAGCAACUGCACUUGCACAAGCUGGUGUGCCUGUCAUCAGCUUAUCUACUGGAGAGCCUGAUUUCAACACUCCUUCAAUUUAUACUAGUAGCAUUACUUAUCAAAGUUAUAUUGUACAGGCUGGUAUCAGAGCAAUAGAAGAAAAUUACACAAGGUAUACACCAAUUGCUGGUAAAGUCGAGCUUAGAACAGCAAUCUGUCACAAGCUGAAAGAGGAGAAUGGAAUCUCUUACAAUCUCGACGAAAUUCUGGUAAGUAAUGGAGCCAAGCAAUCCAUCUUUCAAGCAGUGUUUGCGGUUUGUUCUCCAGGAGAUGAGGUGAUAAUUCCUGCUCCUUAUUGGGUGAGUUACCCUGAAAUAGCGAAGCUAGCUGGUGCAACUCCUCUUAUUCUUCAAACAAAUAUGGCUCUAAACUUUCUGUUAGACCCAAAACAGCUUGAGGCAAUGCUUAGUGAGAAGUCGCGGUUGUUGAUUCUAUGCUCACCUUCCAACCCAACAGGAUCAGUUUAUCCUAGGGAGCUCCUACUAGAAAUUGCUGAAAUUGUAGCCAGGCACCCCCGCCUUCUGGUAAUAUCUGAUGAAAUAUACGAGCAUAUCAUUUAUGCACCAGCAAAGCAUACUAGUUUUGCAGCACUACCGGACAUGAAGAAUAGGACCUUGACAGUUAAUGGGUUUUCCAAGGCCUUCGCCAUGACUGGAUGGAGGCUUGGGUAUCUUGCUGGUCCUAAGCACUUUAUCGCUUCUUGUGGAAAGAUCCAGAGUCAGUCCACUUCAUCUGCUAGCAGUAUAUCACAGGCAGCUGGAGUUGCUGCUUUAGGAAUGGGUAAAGCUGGCGGCAAGGAAGUAGCAAACAUGGUCAGUGCUUUCAAGGACAGGCGUGAUUUCUUGGUAAAUAGAUUGAAGGAUUUACAAGGUGUUAAGACAUCAGAUCCUCAGGGAGCUUUCUACCUCUUCAUUGAUUUCAGCUCAUACUAUGGUUCAGAAGCUGAAGGGUUUGGCACGAUAGAUAGUUCGGAAUCUCUCUGUUGUUAUUUACUCAAGAAAGCUCAAGUGGCGCUAGUCCCGGGAGAUGCAUUCGGAGAUGAUAGGUGCAUAAGAAUUUCCUAUGCAGCAUCUCUGUCCACCCUUCAAGAGGUCAUGCAGAGGAUUGAGAAAGAGCUUGCUCAACUCAAGCCACCAGUUUAAUACUAGGCAAAUACUCUGUAACUUAUGAUCUAAUAUGCUUAUUUGUACUUUUCAGUUUUUGUUCCUUUCAUACGAAAAACUAUGUUAGGGUGCCUUGAAUAAUCUUCAAGAAAUAAAAUAUC